AUGUCCACAUCUCAGUCCACUGUCGGUGGUAGCCCAGUCCCAUCAAACACUGCAGCACCCAAUUGCAACAAGUGCAAGAAAUCCGACGGCGACCUCAAACGCUGUGCGAAAUGCCAGACCGUCAUGUACUGCAACCGAGAAUGUCAGACUCAAGACUGGAAGACCCACAAGAAAGAAUGCUCGAUGCUCGCGGCAGCCCGGAGUGCCGGUACCUCAUCUGGUGCCGGGACUUCCAGCAACGGUGGCAAGAGAUCAAUUGCAAAGCCAUUCACUGCCAUCUACAACAACAAGUUCCUGCAUGAUCGAUCGGAGAAAGAGACAUUCAAUAUCCUGAUCGAUGUGCUCCGCAUGAAGCAAGAAGAUACCUACAAAAUUGAGGGAGACACCAUGACUGGCACCAUUUACAACGGCGAGGCCAAUUCCGUCCCCGCUUUUCGUGACCUGCUCGGAAAGGCCAAGAAUGUCCAAGGCUUGCUACCACCAUGGUGGAGCGACGAAAAGGCCGCCGAGUGCAUCCGUUACGGCCAGCAGUCAGACCACGGAUUCUCGCUGAGCGCUGUGCAGGAAAAGUCCGACAUCUCGGACCACUGGAAGGAUCCGCAGAUGCCCAUGAAAUUGCGCAUGCUGGGAGAAAAGAUUUACGGCGUGGGACCUGGUGGYCAGCCCGCCGCGUCCAUGUUGCAGAUGAUGAUGGCUCAGGAAGGUGGCGGCAAUUCGGGCAUGCAGAUGAGUCACAUGGAMAUGGCUGGAAUAUUAGGCCAACUCACGGGUAGGAGAUAG